AUGGAACCAAGUCGUUACUCGGUUCUCAUAGUUGAUCGUUCUUGUAAUGAAAGAACUUAUCAUGCUUCUCAACUCUCAAAUUCUGAGGACUCUAGGACUUUAAGUCUUUCAUAUUUAGCUGCUUGCGGUGACGGGUGCAUUUGCGAGGGCAAUAAACAAAAUGUUGAUGAUUUGGUUAAAAUUUUUUUAUCAAUUUUCUCUGAAGUUACAACGGUACCGUCAGGUAGAAAAGCACUAUCAAUAUUAAGACGUAGAACUGUAGGAUGUCCUCCUACGAUAUUAAUAAUAGACAUUGAUCACACCGAAGGUGUUAGUCGUGAUUUAUAUGCACGAAAGAAUUCAUUCGUUGCACCUGAUUCGUUACAUUCUAUAAACCUUGCAGAAAUUACAACAACAAGUGAUACUUUAUAUGGUCUAGAAUUUUUAAAUCAUAUAACUAAGGAAAUAUCCCAAGGAAUGUUGGAUCAAGUCAUUCCAAUUGUAUGCUCAUGGAAAGAUUCUUUUGAUGUAAUCACUGAUUGUAUAAAUAAAGGCGCUACAGACUAUUUAAUAAAACCCAUAAGGCCUGAAGUUGCAAAAACUAUAUUUUUGAAUGCACAUAGAUUUUCGGGAAACAAAUAUCCAAUAUCUCUAAUAGAUUAUCGAAGACCUGCUAUACGGAAUAGUUGUUCUUUCGAACAGAGACUUGAAGAAGUUUUUAAGAAAGAAAAUUGGCUAGCGAAAGCUAUCAUUGAAUACUAUGCUCCUCCUGAGCCUAUUAUCAAAAUACCUUUUACCCCAAGAUUAAAUCAAGCUGCUGAAUUAGAAAGAAGGAAUCUUCUUAAAAAAAAGUUAUCUGAAUGGGAUUUUAAUCCUCAUCAAUUAUCUGAAGAUGAUUUGUUAGAAUGUGUCUUUAUAAUAUUCGAUCACGUGAUGAUGAUUGAUGAUCUCAAAGAAUUAUGCGUGCCAUCAGAUCAAUUACAUCGACUUCUUGUGGCCAUUCGUCAAUCCUAUUAUGAUACGAAUCCAUACCAUAAUUUUACUCAUGCCGUCGAUGUUUUGCAAGCAAUGUUUUAUUUUCUAUAUAAAAUGGAAAUCAUUCCUCCUUUAUUUUCUUCAAAGCGACAAAGUAUUAAUGUUAAUCAACAACGAUGUCGCCCUAAUGAUCUGCUGACUGUUACCGACGCGUUUGCCUUAUUAUUGGCGUCCAUAGGACACGACGUCGAAUUCCGUAAAGUCAUGGUGAAUGCAAUACUUGCUACAGACAUGAGUUUACAUAAUGAUUAUGUUACUAAAAUAAAGGAUGAAAUAAAAAGAUUCGAAUCUUCGGAUACCAUGUUCGAUUCUCAACCUAUGAUAGAACGAGCGGCUAGUUGGUCGAAAGUUUUACUUGAAGAAUUCCGAUGUCAAGGUGAUUUGGAAAGAAAGCUUGGUCUUCCUAUUCUUCCUAUAAAUGAUAGAAAUGGAAAGACUACUCAAUCCGAAUCUCAGAUAGGAUUUAUCGAUUAUUUUGCGAUGCCAUUAUUUAAGUGUGUUGGUGAUCUGAUACAUGAAAUGAAAUUUUGUAUACCAUAUCUCGAACAAAAUAAAAAAACAUGGCAAGAACGCAAAGAUAACGGUACACUUUCAUUAAAUAACAAGAAUUCAGUUUCAUUCGAUAAUCGUAAAAAUUCUCCAAUUUCUACGGUUCCACCGGCAAGAACAACAAGCCAUCAAUUAUCUGGAACUUCUUAUUUGCCGCAAAUUCCAAAUUUAACUGAUGGGUCUGAAGUAGAUGAAUGGUUUAAAUCUAAUGAUAUUCUUAGUACAACAGGUGCUUCUGAUUCUCCAUUAAAUUCUCGUUAUGAUAAUCAAAAAACUUCGAGUUGGCAAAUGUUUUCUCGAAAUAAUCAAUCACUUUCAAAUACGGUUUACGCUUCUACAUACACUUCUACAGACAAUGUAUCAAAUCAGAACGAUUUGAAUAACCAUACCACGAUAUGCUGUUGUAUCCAAUAG